GCUAAGCGCGCGCAGACCGAUUUUCUAGAGUGCUCUAUGCAUUUGAGCCCGCAAGGAUUUUUUUCGGGCAAUUUUACAUCUUCAGAUGAUUUAAUUCGUCACACGUAGAGAUGCGUUGACUUUUAUCAAAUUACCAUCAAUACGAACAGCUUAUAUGUAAAAGCGUAAACGAUAGCUCAGACACAGAACCCGUUCCUUAGCAUGUCCCAUAGGGGAGCGAAAAAUAGGCUACACGAUUUGUGAGUGACGGUUUUCUAAUUUUAUUGUGGUCAUACUGAGAGCGCUCAACCAUCUGGCCAUCAGGUAAUAUUGUUAUUAGGGAAAAAUAUUUUCUAAGACGCAAAUCGAAAGGUCUAUACAUAUUAUAUAAUAGUAAUAACAAUAAGGGCGAGCCCAGCACCUGGCUUUACAGCCGUCUUGCGGCUGCCCUUUCGCUCCCGAGCCAAUCCGUGUCCCGGGAGAGCGGCCGAUUACUCAUCAGAGGCUGCGUUAUGUCAAGCCAAUGCGGGCUGUUGUUUCUCCUGCUGAAAACACACGUAAGCGAACAUCGCGUCGCAGAAGCGUCUGGCACGGAACGCCGCCGGCUGCCUGGCGACGGUGCGCUGUCUAACCAGUGAUCCGCUCGGAGGAACUUGCGCCCCAGUGAAUGAAAGCGAAGAGAAUCGGAGCGGAUUUCAGCAUCGCGCCUGCAUCAUCUUAUUUCCCCCUGACUUACAGCAGAUGGAAAUGCAAUUUUAGAGGCCUCGAAGAGUGGAGAAAUUAUUCAAGGAUGGGUUUUAUAUACAGAUUAACUGACUUAUUUCUUUACGAAUUGCAGCACAACGAAGCGAGGACUGCUUAAAGAUAUUUACGUUUGCGUUCUUUUCAGACUACUGCUAUUUGCAGUAUUUUAACGUCUUUUUUAACCACAGUGGAUUUUACUGUAUGUACUACAAUCCUUCAGCUGAAGAUAGAUAGCCAUGCAGCCGGUGUUCUGAGCGGACUUUAGAUCAAUCAAGCCUGAAUGCUGGUGCUCGGGAGAAGAAGCUGGAGCAUUUGAUCUUCGCUGUAUGGACCUCAGCCAGUUUCUGCUCCAUGCUGCUCGGAUAGGUUUGGGUGAUUGCAGAUGCCUGCUAGACGAAGGAGGUCCAGCACCAUGCUCUCUGUAAACUCAGUGGGGGAGCCCAACUCCGGUGCUCUCUGUCUAUCCUCGGGGGUUGACCGGAAUCGCUGUACACAGGUGGCUCUGUGCAUCUCCCUACUCUUGGGCCUCCUCCUGCCACCGCCAGGGGCGAUGGGCUCCAACCUCAACUGUCACAAAACAUGCAUCUGCGCCAGCAACAUCGUCAGCUGCUCAAAGAUGAACCUGACGGCUGUACCGGCCGGCCUGCCGUGGUACGCGGCGGUGCUGGAUCUCAGCUAUAAUGGCAUCUCUGGAUUGCGCGCUGAGUGGACCAUCAUCAAGUUGCCUAAACUCCACAGCCUCCUGCUCAGCCACAAUAGCCUGAGCUUCCUGUCCACGCAGGCCUUCGUCCACAUUGCCCGCCUGCGCUACUUGGACCUGUCAUCCAAUGCGCUGAGGCAGCUGGACGAGUUAAUCUUCGAGCCCUUGGCCCAGCUGGAGGUGCUGCUGCUGUACAACAACCACAUCUCCCAGAUCGACCGCUCGGCCUUUGUGGGUCUCAGCAGUCUACAGAAACUCUACCUGAGCCAGAACCAGGUGUCCCGCUUCCCCUUGGAGCUGGUCAAGGAGAGGACUCGGCUGGAGAGACUCAGCCUGCUGGAUGUAUCCUCCAACCGGCUCAAGGCCCUGCCCAUACGGGAACUCCAAGCCUUGCCUGCCUGGAUCAAGAAUGGGCUCUACUUCCAUAACAACCCAUUGGACUGUAACUGUGAGCUCUAUAGCCUGCUGGCUCACUGGAACAUCCGGCAGCUGAACUCCGCCAUGGACUUCAAGGACGAGCACACGUGCGUCCUGCCUGGCCCGCAGAAGGCCAUGGUGAGAAUCAUCGACCUGAAUGGGGAGUACAUGAACUGCAGCACGUUCGCGGAGUCUGAUGAAGAGGCCUACCUGGACCAGACGCUGAUCCUUGGCUGUGACACACGGCACCGUGACAUGGUCAAAACUUGGGUGACACCCAGCAACACAGUGGUUCCCACUGCUGGAAACCAGAGCACUGUGGUGCUACCAGAUGGAAGUUUGAGGAUCAGCCCUAUACGGCCGGGGGACUCUGGUCUCUACACCUGCUUUGCGGUGGGCCAGUCUGUCAAUGAGACCCUCUAUGUGCUGUUGAGGGUGCAUAACUUCACCCUGGAUGGUGCUGGUGAGACACUCAACACAGGCUACACCACACUGGUGGGCUGUUUGGCCAGCGUGGUGCUGGUGCUGGUUUACCUGUAUCUGACACCCUGCCGCUGCUUCUGCUGUCUGGGUCAUGGUGGCCGGGCCAAGGCUCACCGUGAGGACAGCGUUCGCUCUUCUGCGCUCAGUGCCUCUCCCGGUCCUGAUGAACUAGGCGCUAGAGCUGGCCUUGCUCGUCACGUGGCCUUCAUUGAUCCCAAGGAGCUUCAGGGUCAGAAUGGCAAAGUGGGCCUUGUCAACGAGCAGGAGGGAGAGGGCCAGAAGAGCAGGAGGAAGAAGUCAGACGCGGAAUCCAUCAGCUCUGUCUUCUCAGACACUCCUAUUGUGGUCUGAGAGGAGGACCUUUCUCGCUGGCAUUGAGUGUCAUUUCAGGACGUCCAUGUUCUGUGCAUCUGUGGUGUCUGAGGAGAGGAAGGGGGUGGCCAUCUCCAGAUAAGUAGGAACACUUGUUAGUGUUACCGUGAUGUCCAAGGAGAGGAAGGGGAUGGCCAUUCCCAGGUCAUUAGGUACACUGGUCAGUGUUACCGUGAUGUCCAAGGAGAGGAAGGGGAUGGCCAUUCCCAGGUCAUUAGGAACACUGGUUAGUGUUUGACUGUUUGCUUCACAUUGACAACAAGAACAAAGCAGGAUGUUCAGAAUUUUGCCAGCAAUUGAAUAAUUGAAUCUGUAGCACUUAAACAUGUAUACUGUGAAAUAGCCUGAUGUAUGGUUACAGAAACAACAUGAAAAAACAGUAAAAAUGAAUGGAAAUGUAGAAUAUCUGGAAUGGGGGGGGAGGUUUACUGGUGUUACAUAGGAACAGCCUGCUGUGUGUAAUUUCCUUCCUUUCCUAACUGAGCUCUCUUACCUGCCCCCUCCCUCUCUGUUGAUGGGGGCAGGAGUGAGAUGAAUAGUCACAGACAGGCAUGAGCUGCACAAAAGUGCUCGGGGUGUUUGAGAUGCGGCCUGGCGCUCAUUCUGGGACAGACCUUGCUGAUGGCUUUUGUUCCCCCCAGAAAAUGCAAUAAAAUAAAGACAGCCAUAAACGGCCAUUAUCUGUGUGCAGAGAGCCAGCUCCGUCACCAAUUCAGACACCUUCUGGUGCUCAUAACGUGCGAAGUGUGCACGGGCAUUAAGGGAGGAAAAAAUCACUAAUGGCUGGUAGCACAAAGCUUUCCAAUAAGAGCGAUUUUACAGACACUGAAUUUCUAUAAACAAACGUCCGCAGCCACACCAGAGUGGGUCUGUGAUGUGUAGCCAAGGUUUACCAGCAGUGGUAUUUCAUUAGCAGCCCCCCCCCAUCCCCUGUUCAAUGACAGCCUCAGCCCCACAGAGUGUGCCGUCGUGGGAUUCGCUCUCUAUCCUCAUAGGUUAGUUAUUCAGCAAAGGAUCAGUUUCUCCGGGAGGAUGUGUGAGCACGCGUUUGUAGAUUUACAUCAGUUGGUUAUCCACGUAUAUCACACUGGUAAUUUAUCAUUAAAUGUAAUCUUACUGAAAUUUAUAUACUUAUGACUAAGAGACGUUAAACUUUUUUAUGAUUAUACGCACAUUUGAUUCACAGCAAUAUCCUUAAUUUCUGAUUGAUCCCAUCAGCAGUUUAGCUUCAGUGUUUAAAUGGCAAAUUAAAGUAAUUUUUCUCAUGAA